AUGGGUACAGAAAAUACUGAAGACGAUUCAGGUAUUGGUAGUAACAAUAAUAAUAAUGAUAAUGUUGUAGGUAAUGACGAUUUACCACAAAAUAGUCACAGCGAUUUACCACAAGAAAGGGAAGAUGACUAUAAAGAUAGUAAUAAUAAAGAUGAAAUUCCUAUGAGCAAUAUCAAAUCAAAAGAUAUUGAACCAAUGGAAACAACUCUCGAUGGAAAUGAAGUCGAAAUAGUAAAGGUUGCCGAUCCAAAGAAAAGCGAUGAUAAAAAAGAAGAGGAAGGUGUCGGACCACAAGUUCCAUUUUUUAAAAUGUUUAGAUUUGCAAAUAAAGUUGAUAUUCUUCUUAUGGUUUUAGGUACUUUAGGUGCAAUGGCAAAUGGUGUUAGUAUGCCAGCUAUUUCAAUUGUUUUUGGUAGACUUAUGAACGUUUUCAGUCCACAAAAUCUUAACGAUCCAGCUUUUGAUUUAGUCGAUGAAGUUACAAAGAAUGCACUUUUAUUCAUUUAUAUUGGUAUUGGUGUAUUUGUAUGUUCUUAUAUGGAGGUAACAUUUUGGAUGUUGGCAGGUGAGCGUCAAGCUGUCAGAUGUAGAAAAGCUUAUUUCAAAGCUAUUUUAAGACAAGAAAUUGGUUGGUAUGAUAUUACAAAGUCAAGCGAGUUAUCAACUAGAAUCUCAUCAGAUACUCUUUUAUUCCAAGAAGGUAUUGGUGAAAAGAUUGGUAAUUUUAUUCAUCACUCCUCAACUUUUAUUGCUGGUUUUAUCGUUGGUUUCGUCAAUGGUUGGCAAUUAACAUUGGUUAUUUUCGCUCUUACUCCAUUGAUUGCUGCUGCUGGUGCUUUUGUCUCUAAAAUGAUGGCUGAUCUUACUAAAGCCGGUCAAGAUGCCUAUGCUCAAGCUGGUGCUGUUGCCGAAGAAAAAAUUGGCUCCAUUAGAACUGUUUCUACUUUCUCUGGUGAGCCAGGUGAAGUUGUCAAAUAUUCAGCUUGUCUCAAGGAAGCCUUAAAGGUUGGUAUUAAAAAAGGUCUCAUGAAUGGUAUCGGUAUUGGUCUUGUAUUCUUAGUACUCUUUGGUACUUAUUCAUUAUCAUUCUGGUAUGGUGGUAAAUUAAUUGUUGACAAACAUUGGAAUCCAGUACCAGGUAGAGAUUGGCAAGGUGGUGAUGUAUUAACUGUCUUCUUCUCUGUAAUUAUGGGUGCUAUGGCUUUAGGUCAAGCUUCACCACAUGUUGCUUCAUUUGCUAAUGGUAGGGGUGCUGCUUACAAGAUUUAUCAAGUACUUGACCGUGAAUCUAAAAUUGAUCCAUUCACAACCGAAGGUCGUCAACAUAACGAAAUUCAAGGUAACAUUGAAUACAGAGGUAUCUCAUUUGCUUAUCCAUCACGUCCAGAUGUUCAAAUCUUUAACAACUUUAAUUUAUCAAUUAAACAAGGUCAAACUGUUGCCUUAGUUGGUGAUUCUGGUGGUGGUAAAUCAUCUGCAAUUGCUUUAUUAGAACGUUUCUAUGACCCACUUGAAGGUGAAAUCAUUUUAGAUGGUAUCAACAUUAAAGAUAUUAAUGUCAAUUGUCUUAGAAAAAAUAUUGGUCUUGUAAGUCAAGAGCCAGUUCUUUUUGCAACUACUAUCGCAGAAAACAUUCGUUAUGGUAAUGAAAAUGCUACUAUGGAACAAAUUAUUGAAGCUUGUAAAACUGCUAAUGCUCACGAUUUCAUUAGCGCUUUACCAGAAAAAUAUGAUACUCAAGUCGGUGAAAAAGGUGUUCAAAUGUCAGGUGGUCAAAAACAACGUAUUGCUAUUGCUCGUGCUAUGAUUAAGGAUCCAAAGAUUUUAUUAUUAGAUGAAGCUACUAGUGCUUUAGAUGCUGAAAAUGAACAUUUAGUCCAACAAGCUAUUGAUAAAUUAAUGAAAGGUCGUACAACUAUUGUUAUUGCUCAUCGUUUAUCAUCCAUUGUAAACUCUGAUGUUAUUGCUGUCGUUAAAGGUGGUAACAUUGUAGAACAAGGUACCCAUAAUGACUUAUUUGCUCUCGAUGGUGUAUAUACUACUCUUGUUAAAAGACAACAAAGUGGUGAAGACGAAGAAGAAAAGAAAAAGAGAAAGAAGAAUAGAGAAGAAAAAGCAGCUGCUGAAGGUCUUAAGAAAGCUGAAGAGGAAUCCAGUUCCGCUGUCACUGCUGGUGCUGAUGUUGUUGAAGAUAAAGAUGGUAAAAAGAAAAAGAAAAAGAAAGAAAGAUCAGUUCCAAUUGGCCGUAUUCUUAAACUCUCAAAACCAGAUUGGCCACUCUUUUUACUUGGUUUCAUUGGUUCAGCAAUCAAUGGUGCUAUCAUGCCAGUAUUCUCAAUUAUCUUUUCAGAAAUUUUAGAAAUUUUCCAAGAGGUUGAUCCAAAUGAAUUAACUCGUCGUUCUCGUAAUAUGGCUUUAUGGUUUAUUUUAUUAGCUGUCGUUGCUGGUCUUGCAAAUUUUGUUCAAAUCUAUUGUUUCACUUAUAUUGGUGAAAAAUUAACAUAUAACCUUCGUAGACUUUCAUUCAAUUCAAUUAUUCGUCAAGAUAUUGGUUGGUUCGAUUUAACAGAAAACUCCACUGGUAGACUCACAACUAAUCUUGCCACCGAAGCUACUUUAGUUCAAGGUAUGACCAGUCAAAGAAUGGGUCUUUUAUUACAAAAUAUCAUUACUGCCGUAGCCGGUGUCGUUAUUGCAUUUGUUAGUGGUUGGAAAUUAACAUUGGUAGUUUUGGCUUGUGUUCCUGUCAUUGCUUUUGCCGGUAAAAUUGAAAUGGAUUUCUUCCAAGGUUUCUCUCAAAAGAAUAAAGAAGCUUAUGGUGAAUGCGGUCAAGUUGCCUCAGAAGCUAUUGGUGGAAUUCGUACUGUCUCUUCAUUCACUUGUGAAAAUAAAGUUAUCGAUAAAUUUGAUAAGUGCCUUAUUAAACCAAUUAAAUCUAGUGUUAGAAAAUCAAAUAUUAGUGGUUUAUCAUUCGGUUUCUCUCAAGCUACUCUCUUCUUUAUUUACACUCUUACAUAUUGGUAUGGUGGUAAAUUAGUUUCAGAUUUAGAAUGGAAGGCUUCAGAUGCCACUCUUGCCGCUAGUUGUUCAGCUACAACCACUCCACCUUACAGUGGUUUCGAUACUGAAGAAGUAUGUAUUAAAGCUUUCAAUACCAUCGAAGGUUUUGGUGCAAUGAUGAGAGUAUUCUUUGCAAUCAUCAUGUCUGCUAUGGGUGUUGGUAAUUCAAUGGCAUUCGCUCCAGAUAUGGCUAAAGCUAAAAAUGCUGCUGUCGCUAUCUUUGACCUCUUAGAUCGUCACUCAUUAAUUGAUCCAUUCAAUACCAAAGGUGAAACUCCAGCAAAAUUAGAAGGUAACAUCGAAUUUAAGAACAUUUCAUUCAGAUAUCCAUCACGUCCAAAUAAAGUUAUUUUCGAAGGUUUCAAUUUAUCAGUUCCACAAGGUAAAAAGGUUGCAUUAGUUGGUGAUUCUGGUGGUGGUAAAUCAACCGUUAUUUCAUUACUCGAACGUUUCUAUGAUCCACUCGAAGGUACUGUUACUCUUGAUGGUGUUGAAUUAAAAGAUCUCAAUAUUAAUUGGUUAAGAAAUAACUUAGGUUUAGUUGGUCAAGAACCAUUCCUUUUCUCUGGUACUAUUUUUGAUAAUAUUACAUAUGGUAAAAAAGAUGCCACAAUGGAAGAAGUCGUUGAAGCAGCUAAAUCAGCUAAUGCCCAUUCAUUUAUUGAAACUUUACCAGAUGGUUAUCAUACUCAAUUAGGUGAUAAAUUUACUCAAUUAUCAGGUGGUCAAAAACAACGUGUUGCUAUUGCUCGUGCUAUUAUUCGUGAUCCAAAGAUUUUAUUAUUGGAUGAAGCUACUAGUGCUCUCGAUUCAGUUUCAGAAAAAAUUGUACAACAAGCUUUAGAUAAUGUUAUGAAAGGUAGAACUACAAUUGUUAUUGCUCAUCGUUUAUCAACUAUUAUGGAUUCCGAUAUUAUUGCUGUCGUUAAAGGUGGUAAAGUUAUUGAAAUUGGUAACCAUGAAUCUUUAUUAGCCCAAAAUGGUUUCUAUUGUCAAUUAGUAUCAAGACAAAUUUAA